AUGACAGCCUUCACUUUCAUCUUCAUCUGUGGCGGGGAGCUGUUCUCCAGCAACUGCGCCUACAUGGCCGCCGCCUGGUGGGAGGGCCGCGCCACGGCCCUUGACUGCAUCAGGCAUUGGGUGGUGUCGUGGUCGGGCAACUUUGCGGGCACGAUUGUGAUUGUGGGCCUGAUGGCGGCGUCGGAGAUGUUCCAGGGUAUGGAUGGGUUCACCAUGAUCCUGGUCGCUAGAAAGACACACCGCAGCUUUGGCGCAUGCGUCGUGCUGGGCCUGCUGUGCAACUGGCUGCUGUGCAUCGCCGUGUGGCUGGCCAUCGCAGCUCAGGACGCACCGGGGAGAAUCAUUGGCGUGUGGUGA